AUGAACCUGCCAUUGCUGGCCAUUUCGGCCUUUGUCUCCCUCGGUGCCGCGCAGACCUAUACCAGCUGCAAUCCUACGAACACAACUUGUGACCCCGACACAGGCCUGAAACAAUGGAGCCUGUCCACCGAUUUCACCCAGGGUAGCUCCGAUGAAUGGACUGCCAUAUCGGGCAAUGUCACCUACGGCAGCAACGGGGCCGAAUUCACCAUCAACAAGCGGUACGAUGCGCCUACGCUUGAGACCAACUUUUACAUUUUCUUCGGCGAGGUCGAGGUUGUCAUGAGAGCAGCCAAUGGCACCGGUAUCGUUAGCUCCAGCGUCAUACAGUCGGAUGAUCUGGACGAGAUUGACUGGUAUGCUGAUGCCGUCGACGGGAAGAACUACCCGCAAACACCCAUGGUCGUGAAGCUGGGCAUCUGGGCCGGUGGCGAGACGGAUUACGACGAUGUCCCCUUCACCAUGUACGUCAAGUCGGUCAACAUCAUCAACUACAACCCCGCUGCUUCGUACAACUACACCGACGAGACGGGUUCGUAUACCAGUAUUGUGGCCUCGAAUUCGACUACCGGCAGUGGCAUCCAUAGCUCCAACUCGGUCAGUUUGUCCGCUUCCUCGUCCUCUACUUCAACCUCCACCUCUACGUCUUCUAGAGCAUUGGUUGCUGCGGCGAGUACUUACCCGGCCUCUGUGCAGACCUCCAGAAGUGGUGUUGUCAGCUCGUCCUCUUCGUCUGCUUCCUCUUCUUCCUCAGCGGCUGCAUCCGGCUCGGCUAGUGCUUCGGCCGUAUUCACCGGUGCUGCCGUGACCAAUCUGCCUUGCUUCUUUUUUACUGUUUUCUUCGCACUGGCUAUCGUACUUGGCUUCUAA